AUGGUUUUUGAAAAUGGAAAUUCAGGUAAUGUUAAAAAGACAAUCACCUCACCAAAUAAAUCAAUAAAUGGCCAAAAUCAUUUUAAUAAAGUGAUUAAAUCAACAACAUCACCAAUUAAAAGUACAAUACCAACAUUAUCAAAAACUCAAUCAUCAACUUAUUUCAAAGAUUUAGAUUCAUUAAAUAAAAAGAAUGAAAAUUCCUCAUCCUCUGAAGUUAAAUCAUUGGCAUCAUUUUAUGAAAAAUUAGCAAAUAGUUCAAAACCAAGUACACCAUCCAUCAAAAAGAAAUCACCAAUUAAAUUAUCAUCAUCAUCACAAAAAUCAACAACAAAUAAUAAUAAUAAUAAUAAUAAUAAUAAUAAUAGUCAACCAAUUUCAACAGCUAAAAGAUUAUCAAUUCAAAAACAACAACAAAAAAAAGAUCAAGAAGAAAAAGAAUUCCAAAAGAGACAACAAGAAAAAGAAAAAGAAAAAGAAGAAAAGGAAAAAGAAAUUUUAAAACAAAAGGAGGAAUUAUUAUCAUCAUUAUCAUCACCAAAAAUAAAUGGAACACCAAUUAAAUCAUUACAAACAUCAUUACCAAGAACACCAAAUAAGGACUCACCAUUAAAACUACAAGAUCUUCAUCAAUCAUCAUCAUCAUCAUCACCAUCACCACUAUUAUAUACAUCAACUGCAAUUGCAUCUCCAAAGAAAUCUGCUACAACACCAACACCAACACCAACAACUCCAAUGCAAGAAUUGAUGACAUCAAAGCUUAGAGAUACAAUUGAUACUUAUAGAUCAAAGAUUUCAGGAUUAGAAGAGAAAUUAGAAUUAUCAAACUUUGAAAAUAAUACAUUGAAACAAGAGAUUCAAGUCUUAAAAGGUAGAUAUGCUGUUGAUACUUGUGCAUUACUUGAUAUUAUUAAUGAACAUGAAGUCACAAUUGAUUCUUUAAAAAAACAACUACAACAAAAAGAAACUGUUGUUCAACAAGAAGAACAAGAUAGUAUAAUUCAAGAAAGGGAUCCAAUUGAGGAAACAGAAGAUAGUGAAAAAGAACAAUCAAAAAAAUUAAAUACUUCUUUUGAAAAACAAAAACAACAACAACAACAACAACAAAAACAACAACAACAAUCAUCAGAUGAUUCAAGUUCUGGAGAAGAUGAAGAGGAGGAUUCAGGUUCAGAUUCAUCAGAAUAUGAUGAAGAUGAAAAAAUGAUGUUAAUUGAGAGAUUGGAAGAAAAGGUACAUGAACUUGAAAAUGAAAAAGAAGAUCUUCAACAAGAGAUGUAUGAAUCUGAAGAAUAUUGUCAAAAUUUACGUGAAAAUAAUAAUCAAAAGUUAGAGACCAUUGAAAAGUAUAAAUCAGAAUUAAAUGAAUGCCAAUCAUUGGUUUUAUACUACAAGGAACAAUUAACUCAAAAAUCAUUAGAUUGUACAAUCUAUAUGAAUAAAUUGACAGAAAAGAAUGAAGAAAUCCUUAAACAUAAGCAAAGAAUUCAAAAUUUCAUUGAUAUGAUGGAAUUACAAAAACAAUUAAAUAAUACUGCAAGUGUAAUUUAUUCAAUGGAUAAUAAUAAUAAUAAUAAUAGUGGUAGUGGUAGUAAUCCAUCUUCACCAUCAUCAUCAUCAUCUUUUAAUAUGUCACAUUUUGCUCAACUUUCUCCAUUAAGUAGAUCAAUGUCAGCAAAUUCAAAUGUAAAUCAAACAUUAUCAACUACCUCAUUAUCAUCUUCCACAACAACAUCAGCAUCAACAUCAGCAUCAACAUCAGGAACAUCUGCAAUAGUUGGAAAGAAACCAAUACCACGUGGUUUAUCAACAACACCAAUUAAAUCAUUAUCAUCAUCAUCAUUGUUAUCAUUGGCAGCAAAUAAUAAUGCAAAGUCAAAUGGUAACUCUGGUAUUGUAACACCAAAUAAAUUAUCAUCAUCAACAGUUGCUAAAAGACAAUCAUCUAUUAAUACACCAAAUAAUUCAAAUGCCUUUAAAUCACCAGCAAUUAAAACACCAACAUCAAGAUUAUCAUCAAGACCUUCAAACACUGGUAACAAUAAUAAUAAUAGUUCAGUUUAUCAAGUUCAAGCAGUUGGUAAAUCUAAAACUCCAAGAAAAGUCAUUCAAUCACCAGCAACAUUUAGUGAUUACAUUUAA